AUGAGCCAGUCGCCCCUGCGGUCGGGCUUGGAGCGUUCGGGCCCCGAUGCAGCAGGUAUGGUGUCGUCCAUGACCCAGAAAGGCACCAAGGAGACGCGGGCGGCCGAGGCACUCGCCAUGAAGGACGAGCAGAUGAAGAUCCUCGGCAGCCAAAACACGCAGCUGCUGACGUCGCUCAAUGCAAUGGACGACGAGAUCGGCACGCUGAAGAUGCACAUGCUCCGACUCGAAGAGGAGAACCGCAGCCUUCGAGACCAAAACUUCGAGCUGCAGAGCAAAGCGCGCGCCGCCGAAACCACGCUCAUCAAAGCUCAGACUGGCAUCGAGGAGCGCGAGACUCAAGUGCGUGUUCUGACAGACCACAACACUGAGCUUCUGCGUCUGCUCGAGCAUGAAGAAGCGCAGAGCGCGUCGCUAGCUACGCGGACGGCAGCGUUGAAGUCGGAUCUUGAGGCAUUGGAGACUCGAUAUGCUUCGCUCUUGGCAUCUGCGAAGACUCACGAAGAAAUAGCUACUCGUGCCACACGCGAGGGUCAGAUGCGAGCUGAAGAAGUGCGUCUACUACGGAACGAGAGCGAUCAACUGCGUGCAUGCAACGUUGAGCUGAAGAUGAAGACACAAGUAGAGCUUGAGGCCCUGCAGGAACAGCUCCGUGUCCGCAAGGAGAAGCAGUACCAGCUCCUUGAGAAGCUCCAGCAGCUCGAGGAAGCCAAACGACAGAGCGACGACCAGCUCGCGUCAGCUGAAGAGAAGGCGCGGAAGCUCCACGCUCGCAACCAGGAGCUUGAAACGCAGGUGCAGCUUGAAGCCAAGGCCAAACGCGCUCAGAGUGAUGCCAACAAGAACUUCUUCAUCGAGAACGGCAAUCUCCAGCGAGACAAGCAAGAGCUGCAGACGCGCUUCGACAAGGCUGAACAGGAGCGCUCACGUAUGGAGGCGGAGAACCGAGACUCUGCCGACCAGCUCCGUGAGAUGGCUGAAAAGGUCUUUCAGCUGCUGGAGCGACUCAAACUGGCCGAGCUGGGCAAGACCAAAGCGAUCGACGGUCUCAAACAGAAGGAGCUGGAGCUGCUUGCACUCAAGAAGAAGAACGCUCGACUGCUGAAGGAGGGGACCCAGGAGGGCAAAGCUCGCGUCAAGUCCGAAUUGGACAAGAAGGUGUUGCUGGAGCAGCUCCAGGCACUCAAGAAGCACAACGCACAGCUAUCCUUGCGAUGCAGUGACGAAGUAAAGGCGAAGCUCAAAGAGGCCGACGAGCGCAAACAGCUCGAGGAGAAGAUCAAAACCAUGAGCUCUCGUGUUGCCUUCCUGCUCAACAAGAUGCAAGCCGACGAGGAGGCCAAGAUCGUGAGCAAGGAAGAAACGAAAAAACUCCAGGCGCAGCUCACGACCUUGCAGGAGAAAGGGGCCGAGCUCGCUCAUAAACUCCACGCGACAGCUGAGAGCAACCGCGUCGUGACUGAAGCUCUCCGUUGUAAGCAGGACGAACUCGACGCACAAGCGAUCAAGUUCGAGGCUACUCAGAAGAAAAUGGCCGAGAUGGCUCUAGCCAUGGAGCAGUCUGGGGUGCCGAUGACGAUGGGCAUUGAUGGGGACAACCAGCAGGAAGGUCACCAACGUGGGAACCAAGAGCCCACCCACCCCGAGGACGCAGCCGCAGCGGCUAAUGGCCGAUUCUUUGUCGAGUGCCGCGCUUCACAUGGUGGGUUGCUGCUUAUCAAGGCCAAGCGAACAAACUUCACGCCAAAGGCCCAGCAGCAAUCCAUCGACUUCCUUGAGCGAGUGGGUAUCAACGCCUUCCUCAAGCGCGCGCAGAAGAGCAUGAACACCAAACAGCUCCUAGUAGAGCGUAUCGCAGCACUGCUAACCACUAUCUUGACCAGCGAAGACGUGGUAGCCGACGUGAAGGAGCAGCUAGUAGCCAAAGAAGACCAAAUCGCGCACCUUUCGCGCAAAACCCGCUGGAUGCAAGAGCGGCUCACCACGGAGGAAGACGCCAAACGCAAGACACUGCUGCGCUACGUGCACGAGGUCAAGUCGCGCGCACUGAUCACCACCUCCGACUCUGGCGACGAUCGUAAUUCGGCUUCAUCCGGGAUCCUCAAACUUCCAGAAAGCGGUGUCGGUGACGAGGAGGUGCACGCCAUCGCGGCACUUCUCCGCAACGCGACCAAUGUCCGUGAGCUUCAGCUACGAGGCAACUCGAUCUCCAGUGAAGGCGCGCGUGCUAUUGCAGCUGUGCUCUGUAUUUCGACGUGUCGGCUGCGUCAAGUGGAUCUGAGGAACAACCAGAUCGGCAAAGACGGCAUCAAAGUGCUGGCUGAAGCACUCGAGCGGAACGACCGCAUCAAGCAUGUGUACGUCCACGCCGGGGGUAAAAUUGAGGCGCUCGGCACCACUUCUCCAGCUUCCCAAGCAGCCAUUGUGAACGCUCAGAUCUCGAGUGCCGCAGCACUUGGAAGCUCGGGAUCGACGCAUGCAUCUCUCAUCGGUGUUGAAACAGUGUGCGUCGUGGACGUGAGAGAGCAGACGGAGGCAGACACCAGCAGUGCCAGCACAAGCCUCCUGAUAGACUUUGCUGACGACGCGCGUUCGUCCGCCGCGAACGAUCGGGACAGCAGCAACCGGUUGUUCUCGCGUCGUCCUUUGUCAGCUACAGCAUUGAAGCGGCAGCGCGAACGACUUGCUCUUGAGCGUAAAAAACGCCAGGAAGAGGCGAAGCGCCAGGCACGCAAAGAAGCCGAGUGGGCAGGUCGCGCCGGUGGGAUGGAGUCCAGUCCGUCGCAUUCCUCCAACAGCAAGAAGCUGCCACCGAUUUCGAGCACGAGCAGCGGCGCACAGUCGAAGGGGGUAACACGAAUUAGCUCGGCACCUGUACUACACAAGAAUAAAGAUGGCAGUAGUGGCGCUCAGGCAGCAGGCGAUCCAGCCGAAAGCUGA